AUGGCGCGAAGUCACAGCGAAACAAAAAUGGAAGUGUUUGUGAAAAGACUUGUGAAAAAAUCAGAUUUAAGUGUUUUGACAAAGCGCAUGAUAAGAGAAGAAUACAAGAAACAUAUCGGUCGGAGUCACUUGGAUGUGGAGGAAAAAGUGGAGUUGGCUCGUCUCGUCACAAAUUUACUUGAAAAUCUGACAAAAAAAGACAAGACAGAUGUCCAGCAGGAAGAACAUGAUAGUCCGAAUGAGAAAGAGAACAGCAACCCGACAGAGUCCAGGAAAGGGAAGGGAAACAACUCCAUAGAAAUUAAUAAAUCUAGUCCUAAAAAACAAAUCACACCAAGGAAAAAUGUGUCAACCCCAAAUAAAAAGAAGAAAAUGGAAGGAGCAGAGAAAAAGUCAUUUUCAUUGGUUGAAACUUUGUCACAAAAUAAAAUGUUAAAUUCUUCUCAAGAUUCUUUACAAAAAAGUUCUGAUGGUAGCUGUGAGAGCCGAGGAAAUGCUGGAACUCAGUCUAGUGGAUCUAAGUACAGAGUGGAUGAAGUCCUGGAUGUGGUGAUGAACUCUGAGGGUGAUGAUGACGAUAUGUCUUUACCAGUGUCGGAGGAAAGUGAUGAGGAUGAGGAGGAUAACACCAAACCAUCUCAGGAAGAUGGAAAGAAAGAGGAGCUGAAAUUUAAGAAAUAUCAUUUGGUGCAGGAAGAUGAUGAAGAUACAUGGAAACCGUUUACACCUGUGAAGGAGUCCAAACCAGUACAGGGGCGGAUCGAGAGCUCCUCUGAUGAGAGUGUUCAGCUGUCUAGUGAUGGCGAGGGGGGCAAAAAAAUCUCUCAUUCGAAAAAUCACAAUAGAAAAAAAUCGAAGAAAAGAAUGAUCUCUAGUGAUGAAGAGAGUCCUUCUGAUUACAGUGAAUGUGAAAAUAGUGAUUAUGAAAACAAGAAAAAACCUUCAAAAUCUGUUUCAACAUCUGCUUCUAAACGAAGAAAACUAAACUCAACAGAAGAAAAAACUCCGCCGAAAUUGCUGAAAAGAAAAUGUCAAAAAAUAUGA